CCUUCAGGUUACAGAAGCUCCGCAGCGCCUUGGGUUUCGUUCGAUGGUUGCUGCUGCCUGAAAUCGAAGCGUAGUCGCUUCCACACAUGCUGUCGAAGAGGAUCAAAGCCAUGUCGAAGAGGAAUUUCAUCAAACGCCUGUCGUGCACCAUCUCUCCCGCCGUCCCUCGGGCGUCGUCCCGGUCCCUUGCCUCGCUCCCGACACUUACCCACCAAAGCAGCCCGGGAGCUCCACAGAACCAAGCCGUUCAAGAUCCGUACUCUCUCCUUAAGGAGGAUCCCGUCGACCUUGUUUCCUCGUUAUGGGUGAAAUCCUUCUCUUCGCCGACCAACGUCGUGUUCCCGAACCUCACGGGCUUCCUGGCGAAAUUUGACCUCUGGGUCCUCGCCUACCAACGAACCUGUGCUCACGCGACCGGCACGUUCCCGCCUCGCAAUGCCAUUCAUUUCGGCACUCUCCUUUCUCUCCUGUCCCUCAGGAAUGCGGUUACUCGCAGCAAAUUCAAGUGGAACGACAAGACCCAUCAGCUGGUUCGCAGCCCUUACGAUAGAACAGGCACGAGGGUAAUCUCUAAAACCAAGCUGAAGGCCAUUUUGGAGUCGAGCGAGCCCUGUUUCCAAGAUAGGGUGGUCCAGGAGGUUCUGCUGAUGAUUCUCGAGCCGGUUUUCGAGGCUCGCUUUUCGGUAAAGUCACAUGCUUUUCGGCCAGGAAGAAAUGCCCAUACUGUUAUCAGGACAAUUCGGAGUAAUUUUGCCGGGUAUUUGUGGUUCUUGAAGGGUGAUGUAUCUGAAAUUUUCAACAGUUUGGAUUUAAAUGUGGUGAUGGGUCUUUUGGAGAAGGCUAUCAAAGACAGAAGAGUGUUGGGACUAAUCAAGUCAGCAUUCAGAGCCACGGUUAGGAAUCAAAUGCCGAGGGACGACAAUGAGAAGUUGAGAAAAAGGAAGAAAAAGGAGACCAAGAAGAAGAUUCUGCACGAGAACGAGCCAAAACCAGAUCCUUUCUGGUUAAGGACCUUUUUCGACUUUGCACCUGAGGAGGCUGCCAAGGUACCCGAUUAUGGUUGUUGUGGCAUUAUAAGUCCUUUACUUGCUAAUGUUUGUCUAAAUGAACUGGAUCAUUUCAUGGAACGGAAGAUUGUUGAGUUCUUCAAACCAUCUCAGUUUGAUUCCAUAUGGAAAAGUUCAAUUGAUGAUGGAUGUCAUAACCCUUCUUGGCCUGAGUUUGUUCCUUCUAGUGGGAAAGAGAAGACAAGGAAAAUGGAUUAUAUUAGGUAUGGGGGUCAUUUCUUGAUAGGAAUUCGAGGGCCUAGAGAUGACGCUGUGCAAAUUCGGAAGGAAAUUAUUGAAUUUUGCGAUGUACAAUUUGGUUUGAGGCUGGAUAAUUCGAAGUUGGAGAUAGAGCAUAUCAGUAGAGGUAUCCAGUUCUUGGACCAUAUUAUCUGUCGUCGAGUGAUACAUCCGACACUCAGGUACACUGCUACUGGAGGCAAAAUUGUGAGUGAAAAAGGUGUGGGCACUCUGCUUUCAGUUACUGCCAGCUUACAACAAUGUAUUCGUCAAUUUAGGCGUCUUAAGUUUGUUAAGGGUGAUAAGGAUCCUGAGCCAUUACCCUGCACUCCAAUGCUUUACUCCAGUCAAGCUCAUUCAAAUGCUCAGAUGAAUAAGUUUCUGGAGACCAUGGCAGAUUGGUACAGAUAUGCUGACAAUCGCAAGAAAGUUGUGGGAUUUUGUGCUUAUGUGAUUCGAAGCUCUCUAGCUAAACUCUAUGCUGCAAGGUACAGACUAAAAUCUCGUGCCAAGGUAUACAAAAUAGCUUCCCGUAACCUUAGCCGCCCAUUAAGAGAGAGUACCAACAAUUCUGCGCCUGAAUAUUCUGAUCUUUUGAGGAUGGGGCUUGUUGAUGCAAUUGAAGGCGUUCAGUUCUCCCACAUGUCUUUGAUUCCCUCCUGUGAUUACACUCCCUUUCCUAGGAACUGGGUUCCUUAUCACGAAAGGGUACUGCGUGAAUAUAUCAAACUGGAAGACCCCAAAUUUUUCUGUGAGUUACAUAGAUCGAUAAAGAGGCAGGGUUUAAGUUUGCCUCAAGAUGAGGUAUCUGAUAUUGUGUGGGACUGUAAAGUUUGUGGCUUAAGGCGUCAUCGAAUUGAUGUGUGAAGAUAAAAGGAUCACACUCUUUUUAGUCUUGGCUCAAGGUUAUGUAGCAUACUAAUCGACCUAUUGAACCUACCAAUUUCCACCUUUCAAUAUUUAAUGCCUAGGAGGAACUCUCUUUGGAGGAAUGAGUUAAAAUCCUGGGGUACCAAAGGGAGCACUCCUAAAAGUGUCCAAAAAGCGCGAGAUGUCCAGCUAUCAGAGAAUUUGAAAGGUGUCAAGCAGAUUUCACUCUACUUAAGUUGCCAAUUGCAGGUUGUGAUGAUCUUAUGAGGGAUUUCAAUUGUUGCAGUGCUUUCGAUCGGACAAAGUCUGCAGUUUGUGACAUUCAGGUGAGGUUAUAGUUUGAUAUUUUCGAUUGUGCACCCUAAGUAAGAUAAACUUAACUCAUGGGCAUCCUUAGAUAACAAGAGCCUAUGGAAUUCACAUGGUCCAAAGAUCUGGCCAUAUGUCAGUAUUGGCCCAUUCAAGGGGGCUAGUUGACGAAGCAACAUGUUAACAUCUGUGUGUAAAUUGUUUUAUGACAAGUUUUCAGUCACAUAAAAUAAACAAAAAUCACCUUGCCCAUUCAUCUUGAAAUUCUCGAAGCACAUGUAUGGUAUAUUGUCACAUAUAUUGCUGAUUCACUGCACUCUUUUCUGGAUGGAUUAUGUUUAAAACACUCGGUGCAAGUUGUAUUAGAGUGCAUUUUGACUAUUUCCCAACCGGUGCAAGUUGUAUUAUAGAAUGCAUUAUGACCAUUUCCGAACCUUCCGGGGGAAGCCAAUGUUGCACUCUGUUUUUGCUAAUGAAAGCAUGUGGGUGGAUCAAAGUCUUGAAGGCUAUUGUGGCAUGAGAUUUUGAGCUCCUCUACUCUAUGAUCCACUUAUGUCUUCCUCA